AUGCGCGAUAGCCUCGAUAUGCGUGCCUCACCUAGAUCCAGCAUGGAUGGUGCUACUAACACCACCAACGGCGGUAUCGUUCCCAGCAGCCGAACUUCUCUUGACAGCGGCCGAACCAGCAUUAGCUCUGAUUGGCCUGUCCACCCUGGUGAGAUCAACACUAUCGCCCAGCUCGAUACGUUGCCUAUUGGCACCGAAGUUACUUUCCGAGCCCGUAUCGAGACACAGCGACCUAUCUCAAAGGUCCUCGACUUCCUACUCCUUCGAGACCAAACACACUCCGUUCAGGGUGUCCUCACGCAGGAUGCCGUUAAUGCCGAAUUUAUUGCGUGGGUUCGAAAGAUCAACUCUGAGUCUCUCGUCCAGAUCAGUGGUAUUCUCAAGCAGCCUCCUGAGCCUGUUCGAUCUGCUACACACUCUGGUGUCGAGGUCAACAUCGAAUCCGUUCACCUCGUCAACCUUGCCCAGAACCUUCCCUUCAGCAACUACAAGCCUCCGGAGACUCUGCGUAACCGUAUGAACGCCCGAAUCCUCGAUCUUCGACACCCUUCCAACCAAGCACUCUUCCGUGUGCGAUCAAUGGUCUCGCGAAUCUUCCGAAACACACUCGAGGAGAAUGGCUUUGUCGAGAUCAACACACCUAAGCUCCAGCCUGCUGCCACAGAAAGUGGUGCUGCUGUAUUCCCUGUGAACUACUUCGGCCGCCGGGCUUUCCUCGCACAGAGCCCCCAGCUGGCUAAGCAGGAGGCUAUCUCUGCUGAUUUCGGCCGUGUUUUCGAGGUUGGCCCUGUUUUCCGUGCUGAGAACUCCAACACUCACCGUCACUUGACUGAAUACACUGGUCUCGAUCUGGAGAUGUCCAUUGACACCGACUACCACGAAGUGAUUGAGUUCAUCGACAUAUUCCUCAAGGAAGUCUUCAGAACUGUUUACGCUUCUCGUGAACUCGAGGUCAUUCGCAAGCGAUGGCCCAGUGGUGAGUUCAAGUGGCUCGAGCAAACCCCCGUUAUCCCCUUCUGGGAAGGACUCCAAAUGCUCCGCGACGACGGACGUGACGUUCCCGAGGAGGACUUGUCUACUCCCGAUGAGAUCAGACUCGGUCAACUUGUCCGCGAGAAGUACAACACCGACUACUACGUUCUCGACAAGUUCCCAGCCAACGCUCGUCCCUUUUACACUGCCAAGGACCCCGAGGACCCGAAGUGGACUCGAUCCUUUGAUAUCUUCAUUCGCGGUCAGGAGAUUUGCUCUGGUGGCCAGCGUAUCCACAACGUUGACGAGCUUCGAGCCAACAUCGCUGCUGCUGGCAUGACUGAGGAUGGAAUGGAAGAUUACCUCACCGCUUUCGAGCUUGGUGCUCCUCCCCAUGCUGGCGCUGGUCUUGGUCUUGAGCGUAUUGUCGCCUGGAUGCUUGAGCUCGGCGAUGUUCGAUACGCCUCUCUCUUCCACCGAGACCCUAAGUCUCUCCCUACUAAGGCCCCUGGUCUGCCUCACCCUGAGGCUGAUACCACUAAGCCCCACCACGCCGACUCUCCCCCACCUCUAGAGAAGCUUAUCGCCAACUACGGUGAUGCUACCAACACCUCUUGGCUUGACGACCGCUUCCAGAUCUGGCGUCACGAGACUGGUGCUGCUGUUGGUUGGGUUCAGAAGGACAAGUUCGCCAUGAUUACUGGUGACCCUCUUUGCGACCGAAGCCAGUACACCAAGGUUAUUCGUGACUUUAUUCAUUAUGUCACUGUUGACAUGCACCUGACUCCCUUCUGGAUGCUUGUAUCAUUCGAGGUCCAGAAGAUUCUCGCCGCCGAGCUUCGAUGGCGAAGUUUGUCUUGUACCGAGGAGCAGCGUGUUGACGCCGAUAAGCACAACAGCGCCCAGAUUGAUGGUCUGGCUGCCAAGGCUCGCCGCGUUGAGCGUGAGGGUGUCAAGAUCCACGAGGUCAAGGCCGACGAAGAUUUCAUUUCUCGUGCCGACCCUGCCAUUGAAGAGUGGAAGAACGCCCGCAAGGGUAACAAGGGCAAGCAGGUCCAUCUUACCGAAGUCCGACCCUGGAUUGACCAGGAGCAUCGUCGAUACUUUGCUGCUGAGAAGGAAGGCAAGGUCAUGUCUAUGGUUGUUUUGGCCCAGCUUGCCCCUCGCCACGGCUGGCAAGUGAAGUGGGCUCUUGACUUUCCUGGUGCCGUCAACGGUGCCAUUGAGGUCUUGGUCAGCCAUGCCCUGUCCAACGUGACUGGAAAGGUUACUUUCGGUGCCGGUGUCUCCGAGAAGCUUACCCCUGGUGAGCACGUCGGCGGUAUUCGAGCUAAGUUCCUCAGCGCCAGCUACCGAUCCAUCGUCGACAGCCUGGGUCUCCGUCGCAAGGCCUCAUUCCGUUCCAAGUUCGGCGCCCUCGGCGAGGAGAUUUACAUCUGCUACCCCAAGCACGGAGUUGGCCUACGAGAUUUGCAGAACGUUAUCAAGUUCUUCACAGACUAA